UUAAUAUCUCCUAGCCACUGUGGCAAAUGUAAUCAGCUUGGAAGGGAGAGCCAAUUAUCCUCAAGAGGGGGCUCUGAAGCUGCUUCUAGUCGAGAUCCUUCCACCAGCAGUGCCAUGGGCACAAAAUAUCCAGGUGCAGCUUUGCCUCUCAUGGCGACCACUUAAUCAUGGCUGAUGAUGAAAAAUGAAAAACUGAGUCGUGAUUGUAAAGAUUUACACGAUGAUUUGCUUAUCUUGUAGAUUUGUGCUCGCCCACUCUGAACCCCAACUCGGCACAUCGACAUCUUCAAAUUUCUGCCGAUCUCAGCACAGUGACGUGGAAAAAGGAAGAGCAGCCUUACUCUGAUCAUGCAGAGAGGUGUGAGAGGUGGCCAAUAGUCCUCUGCUUUGAUAACUUCUCGUCGGGUGACCACUACUGGGAAGUGGACGUGAGAGCCUCUAAAAAUUGUUCUAUAGGCGUCGCACGUGAGUCGAUUCCGAGGAAUUGUCACGAAAAGUCUGGCAGGCUGGGCUGGAACGAGUCCUCUUGGGCGUUCGUUCAAUGGGAUUUUAAUUUCAAAGCAGCACAUGACAAACAACGCAAAACCAUUACAGAUGUUCAGCUUUUGCAGAGAGUCGGCGUUCGCUUGGACUUUAACGCAGGAAAACUUUCGUUUUACAACGCCAUCACCAUGGAGCUGUUGCACUCAUUUGAUGACAUUCCAAGUGAGCCGCUCUGUCCGGCUAUGCAGGUGAAGUCGGGCUCAGUCUCGAUUUACGAAGCUCAAUCAUUGAAGAACCUGACUGUGGAUGAGAGCAGAGAAGACAUUCAGAUUUGUGAUCACUUUUCAAACAGCGGAGACCAUCGCACAAACAACACCGAUGAAGAGAAGGGUGAGAGGAAAGAUGCAUUGCUCAGAACGAGGAGGGAGGAACCUCCGGUGACACGAGAGUUGAUGGGUACGAUCCCUGCAAUGCUACACCACGAGUUGCUCGUCCAGGGUCUCAUCACACAAUCCGAGCUCUCAGAAGUAUAUUCGAUACCCCGCGCGUCAGCACGAGCUGACUUCAUCAUAAGCCGUCUCAAUCGCAAGCAGAAAGAGAGCCCGCAACUCAAAGGGAUUCUGUGUGAACAUUGUGAAAAGCAAGAGGCAUUCCUGAAAAUGAGGAGCGAAUCGUGUACUUGCUCGCCGACUCUGAACCCAAACACGGCACAUCGGAACCUCCAGAUUUCUGCCGACUUUAAAACCGUCAGGACCUCCACACGCGCCCAACAUUACCCUGACAACUCAGACCGGUUCGACCACUACCGAGUGGUCAUUUGCUCUGACAAAUUCUCAUCGGGUCGCCACUACUGGGAGGUGGACGUGAGAAGUUCUGAGAAAUUCGUCAUCGGUGUCACGUAUGACGCGAUACCACGGAAAGGUGAUGACAAAGCCUGUAAAAUUGGGUGCAAUGAAGUUUCGUGGAGCCUGAGGAAAUUGGACGACUACACGGCGGUACAUAACAAGACGGAAACAAAACUGUCGGUGCGAGAUGCUCCCAAAAGAGUCGGGGUUCACCUGGACUGGGAGGCGGGCGUCUUGUCAUUCUACAGCGCCGACUCCAUGUCGCUGCUGCAUCGAUUUCACGGACAAUUUGAUCGAGAGCUGUACCCUGCAAUGGCCGUGCUGUGCGAAAGUCUCGCAAUAUGCCCGUUGCCGUACUCAGACGCUCGUCGUUAGAGAUGAGAGGCUCCUAUUAGAGCGGUCUCCCAUGCGACCCCUGUAUGUAUGUAUGUAGAGUAACUCCCUGGCCAACCGCGUGGGUUCAGGUUCCUGAAAACCCUCGGGGUUGGUAAAGUUACAGGGGGCCUAUGGGUUGUAGGGGGUUAAGGGAAACACGGGUGUGGUCAGACUCGCCACAGCUUAACUAAGUUGUCUGUUUAUUCACUAAACUAUGUUUCUGUGUAUGGUACAUUACACAGUAACAUGAUAAAACGUAAUUGAACGUAACAUUAACUUUACAUACCUUUAAUAUUAACGAUGAUUAGAGUUAAAAGUAUUAACGACGAUGUCAAUAAGAUGAUGGGGGGGAGGGCUGGUUAGAAGGAGGAGGGGCUCAGCCCAGCCACGCCCCCUUCCUCCAGACCACAGACACAACUCACUCUCACCACUCGAUGCACGCUUGGUCCAUGACUAACGGCAACAUUAAUGUGCACCAUGGAGUACUGUACAACAAAACAGGCGGCCAGCUGAUCACUUGAGCAUCGCAACGGCACCACGGCAUUUGUAUUAAAUUCCGUUGUUCACAGAGCCA